AGUGAAUGGUAAAAUAGUAAUCGCUGUGAAAAAGUUUAAUUGUAAAUAAAUUUUCUAGUGGUAAUUUGUAUAAAAGCUACGAAAUAAUUUAAAGUAUAUAAUACUGUUAAGGUGCGCCAUGAAUAAAAAGCGGCUGAAAGGCAAUUAUAGUCUUAAAAAUUGCGAAUGAAAAAGUGAUUAAUGGUUGGCUAUUGAGCAAAACGCAAAAGGACCAAAGUAAUAGUAAAGUGGGAAAAGAAAUGUUAAAAUGAUUGUUUAAGAGGAAUGAGGAAGCAAGGGUUCAAAGAAUGUGUCAAUAAAAAGUAGCCGAAAAGAAGCGCUAAUAAAGCGAAUGAGGUGGAGUUGGAAUAGACAAGAAUGAACGGGAGUAAAGGCAACGCCAUACAAAACGAAAGAACAAAGCUAAAGUAGACCGCAGACGCGAAAUGCGAAAAGAAAAAUGUAGAAAUUUUUAACGGGUUGCAAAAGCAGAUAUAUCUGACUAGCAUUCAUUAUAACGGGUGUAUGGUUUGUUUAAAAUUUCUAUUAGUAGUACUUAAAAAUGCAGACCUGUUUUCUACGAAGGAAGCAGGCAAAAUAGAAUAAACGAACGUAAAGAGAAAAUCAAACUCGUUGAGGGGGCGCAGCGAAAAUUUGGACAGAACAAUGCAAGGAGGGCGAAAAAACGCAGUGAAAAGUAAAGCGCACGGAAAAUUUUCAAUUCAUAAAAAAACUGCUCAUUAAAAAUAAGGCAAUACAAGUGAUAAAGUGUACUAAGUGCAAACUAAAUAAAAUUUACGUUGUGAAUUAUUGGAGUAUGGAAGGGUUUUAUAAAUUUUGUAUGAAAAACUAACUUGCUAAAAUAAAAUUUCCCACACGCGCACACAACCAAACGCACACACACGCGGAUACCGCACAAAAUCUCAAACAAAAAGGAAAUCAAUAAACGCAAGAAGCGGACCGUAGUAGAAGCACAAGUGGAAGUGGAAUUUAAGAAGAAGCAAUAGAAAAGGUGAAGGUGAAUUGAGUGCGCGAAAGUCGGAAAGAAAAAAUGAAUCGUAAUAAAAUGAUGUGAAAAUGCGGGACAUUAAAAAAUUUCAGCGUGGAGGCUGAGAACUGUAAGAAACUCUCGACUGAUUGACAAGAAAAUCAAGAAACAGACGAAUUAGAGAAAUAUAUGAUUGUCUUGCCAGUUAUUGUAAUAGUAGUUCGCAUAAAAAAAUUAUAAAGCAAAUAAAGAAAAAGUUGAUUUUAUUAUAGCCGUUGAAUAGUAGUUACAUUGAAACGAAAAAUUCCAAUUUAACAAAGGAUGGAAAUGGCCAGCAGCGCCGCAAAUGGGUCUGGCAGCACAACUUCACACAGUGGUGUCGUGGGCAAUACUUUGCCAUCUCUCUUUGUUAGUGAUCAUAAUGGCGGUAGCUCAUUAGUUAAUAGCAAGGAUUUAGAUGGCUUAAUUGCUAUGAACGAUAGCGCACUUUCACAACAAAUCGAAUUUAUUCUGCAAGAAGCUCCCAUGGAGCAUGAUGACAAUGAUAUUAACGAUCAUUUAAAUAAUGACGUAUCUGCGAAUAUAAAUACAGUCAGCAGCGUUAACUCUAACCCUACCAUUAAACUACAAAACCCACCGAAUAUAAUAGUAACAAGCGCUUCCGAAUUCCCAAGAGCACAUGUGACCAGUGACGGUGCCGCGGCGACAAUUGCAGCAACACAAGCAAUGGCGCAACAUCAUUUAUUGAAUGGUCGUCGGAUCAUCAUACAAACAACACAAACAUCAAAUAUGAUAAAAGAAGAAGAAGCGGAUCCCGAAUUAAAUGAUGAAAACUUACAAGAUAUUGAAGAAGAGGAACAAGCUGCUGAAGCUGAGGAGAAUCAAUUGCAGCUCCAGCAUACAUCAGAUAUAAAAAUGGAACAAGAUGAUAAUGUAGAACAAGAAUUUAUUAGAAGUGGUAUAAAUUAUAUAAGUACGCCCACGAUAACUGCACACCAUACGCAACUGCAUGGCGCACAAACACAACAAAUAGUUUUACCGGCCGGUUCAAUAGUAGGUACAACAACGACAGGCCGCACUUUGACAGUGCCCGUAUCCGAAGCGUUGGCACAACUGCAACGUCGGCCGGUAUAUAUCAGUAAUGCCAUGGGUGGCAUGACUGGUGCUACUUUCGUGCGUAUGCCAGCUGUGAUAAGUCGCAGUCCUAUGACUGUUUUAAAUGUAGUACAACAGGGUGUACCCGGUGGUGGGCCAACACAACUUAUCCUACAGGCAACACCUGUAUCCAACACAGGUACGCAAAUGACAGUGGUUACUUCUAGUCCAACUGCAGCAACCACUGUACCCACAUUACCACCAGUAUCAACUGGCGUUACAGAAGUGGCAGUUACUGCCCCUCCACCAACAAUAAUGCCGGCAUUAACUGCUGCAACACCAACACCAGCACAAUCUACAUCCCCAUCGACAGCAUCAUCAUCAUCGCCAUUAUCGUCUUCUGGUCAUGUUGCGUCUUCCACCGUGGUAGCUACCACUGCUGCUGCUACGACGACCCCGUCGGCGGCAGCGGCCAAGAGUAGUACAACUCACGCCACCUCAAAUGGUAGCGGCAAUACCAACUCGACUUCCAGUGGCAACACAACUGGCAAUUAUCAAUGUUUUUCAUGUGUGGAAGAGUUCGAAUCGAAAGAGCUAUACGACAUUCAUGUUUCAGGUCAUGCUAACAAUAUGAAAUGCGCUAUUUGUAAUAUGGUUUUGAAAUCACUCAAAAAUUACGAGAAACAUUGUCUGCGUUGCAAGCCGUACGAGUGUCAGAUAUGUGGACGUGUUGUACGUUUCCGACCGAAUUUCAUAAAGCACAUGCGUGUGCACACAGGUCAGCAAUCCGAACGGCAUAAAUACAAAUGUGACGUUUGUCACAAGGAGUUCAUGAGUUUUGAAUAUUUCAAGGUGCACAAAAAGAUUCACAAUGAAAAUGUGAAUUUAACUUGCGAGAUUUGUGGCAAAGUAUUUAGCGCGUUGGCGUCACUGCGUGGCCACUCCAAAUUGCAUUCGGGUGUGAAAUUGCACAAAUGUGAUGUGUGUGGCAAAGGUUUCGGUCAGCGUUACAAUUUGAAAAUUCAUGCGCGUACACACACCGGCGACUUUCCCUUUGAGUGCAAAGUGUGCAAGAAAAAAUUGCAUACACAAUCUUCGCUACAAACCCAUAUGCAAGUGCAUCAGCGCGAUCAGAACUCACAAGCCACCAAUACGGCAAAGAAUGAUAAGAGCACAGCCAACUCCACAGCGUCGACGUCAGCAGCAGCGACGACAUCCACAAUUGUAAAGCUGGAGCCACAGGCAAAAGAUGAUGGUCCAAGUACCAGUGGCAUGCAACGUCAUUUGCAAAAGCAAUUACUCGAAGAUAUGGAAGAUGACAACUCAGGACUGAGUGAUAGUAUUCAAGGAGGCGGCAAUGUUAGUCGCAUUGUAUCCACAUCUUCUUUGACCACCGGCGGUGGCCAGUGUAUGCAAACAACUAACGCUGAGGAUUCUUCAAAUGAGUCUUCCAAUGCAUCACACGAUCUAAAACAACAACAAUUGCGGCAACAACCACUGUUGGUGACACCCACACGCACCAUUGUCAUCAAGAAUUAUAUGCAGAACGAACAGGGUGUCGCACUGGCACAGCCACAAACGCAACAUCAGACUAACGUUAUACAGAGUAAUAACCAAAGUGGCAGUAGUACGCUGCAACAACAAUUGUUGCGCAAGACGCCUAUAAUACAUUCUACCGGCGGCGCUGGCACACUCUCCUCCGCUUUGGCGAGCGUGGUGCAACAAAUCGGCACCUCGCCCUCGCCAUCGCCUUCAUCCUCGUCGACAUCAUGUUCCUCGUCAGUGGUUGUGUCGAAAUCCGGUGCUCCGCUCUCGCUCGCAUCCACCGCCAUUGGCACCUCCACUAUCCGCAGUACACGCAAUCACUUGUCACAAUUCAAUUCGUCUAUAUCGUCAUCGAGCAGCCACCAACGUACGUUACAGCGCAAUAAUAACCACCGAAAUCAUAACAACAACAGCAACAACCACCGGCGUCGACAUCCGACACAUUUGGACGAUGAUGAUGAUGACGAUUUAGAUGAUUUUGUCGAUUCGACACGUACGCAUCAUCGUUCGUUGCGUGUGAAUGGUCAACAUUUUGAUGAUGACGACGACGAUGAGAAAUCCUCCCCGUCCUUGGCCACAGCGGCCAUUAUCAAAGUCGAACCGAAUCUAUAUUCGUCGGGUUCGGGCGAUAAUUCCAAUGAAAUGCUCAUUAAAGAAGAGGUCAUGUUCGAGGACUCGGCCCAUCAUUCGCCACACUCGCCGCCAAGUUCGAAAUUUCGCAUGUCGAAUUUCGAUAGCGAUUUGGAUCAUCAUGUCGAUUUGAAUCAUUCGCUGCCGCCAUAUGGAAAUCUCUUUGACCCGCAUUCCAUACCCGAUACCAUUCCAGUGCAAUUGUAUCCAGACGAUGAUGAUGAUUUUCGUUUGGAUCACAGCUCAUUGGGACCGCUGCAUCAGACAUCAUCGUCCACCACCGAUGGUGAUUUCAUUAAAAAAGAAUGGGUCUACGGCACUGGUUCUAAUUAUACGAUGAACGGGAAAUUCGGUGAUGAUAGCGAUGCACUUUGUGACUCGGCGAAUUUCAUUUACGACUGAGCAGCAGCAGCGCCACAUUCGAUCAGCUGAGCAGUGUGAUUGAUUAACAUGAAUCGAAAAGUAUAGUUGUGAGUACGCCGCGGACGACGUUGUUGAUGUAUACAAAUCGAAAAUUAUAUAUAUACACAUACAUAUACGACGUGUGCCGACCAGAAGGAAGCAAUGAUAAAGUUGCGUACAACAAAUGCCAAUAUUAGCAAGUAUUUUUUUUCUGUCUGUAUUGUUAAACGAAAUUAAGCUAGAAAUUCUUAAAAACCCCUAAAACACUCAAUGUAAUGAAAAAUAUUGUUAUUUUAGUGUUAACCGACACUUAACCAAUUGGAUGUCAAAUUCGAAAAAAAUAACCAAACAAAAAAGAAAAAACAAAAUCGUAGUAGUGAAUACGCGCUAUGUAGGCAAUGCAAUCAGUAGUUAUAAUAAUAUUACAUACAUAUAUAUGUACACGAUUUUGACUGACCGAAAGGAACUGCUGCAGGAAGUGGCUUCUUCCAUGACACUCGUUUCGCAAUCUCAAAAAUACACUAACUCUCUUUCGAACUCUUACUCUCACUCACUUUCACUAUCUCUCUAUCUAUCUUUAUCUCAAACUGUUUUUGGCUAGCACAAAUGAUUUUAGUUUUAGUAAUAAUUAAUAGCAACAAGCAUACAUAUAAAACAUAUUUAUAUAUAUAUAUAUAUAGCGCAUAAGUGUAUAAGUAAUUAACGAUUCUCUAACGUAUUUAUAUGUGUGUAAAUAUUAUUGCAAAGUACUAUUUUUCUUUUUAUUAAUAUUUUACUAAUUUAUUUUGUUUUAAGUUGAUCGAUUAUAAUUUGGUGAACUUGCGUGUGUUGUGCGUAAAAUGUGUAAGUGUAAAAUUUUGACUAAAAAAACGAUGCUAACAUUUUGCGAAGUUUUUACUUUAUUAUUGUUGUUUUCGAGAUUUAGAUGCGUAUCUGCGUUGUUGCCUAAUGAAUGCAUGCAUUAUAAAAAAUAUGAAUCGUGCUUUUUUUUUUUAUACAACAACAACGGUUUUCAGCUAGUGAGCUGUAUUUUGGCUAACGGGAGUUAUUGAGGUGGCGAAACGUCUUUUAAUGAAAACUUUCGUUGCCUACUUUUCAGCGCCAAACAAUUUUUGUUAAAUUUCAAACAACUAAUUUUGAAUAAUUUCAAAGUUCUCGUUCGCUGCAUUAUUUCUGUUCUUUAUUUCGACGGUCUCAAAAUGAUUAAUUUUUUUGAAACAUACGCUUUUGAACUCGUUUUUUUUUAAUCUUAAAAAAUUUCAUUUUCCAGGACAUAUUUUAGUUUAUUUUUACAUUUUUACUAAAUUUUCAAAGCUUUUGGUAUUGUCAAAAAAUUUUUAAACUAUUUUUCGAAUACUGCAUGUUGUUGUACAACAACCCUUCGAGAUUAUUUUAAAAAAAAUUGUAUAUGUGUCUGAGAGCAAAAUUCAAACAAAUAGUUUGGAAAAAAAAUAAAUUACAAAAAAACUUCUAAAAAAAAUAAAUUUCUAAAAAAAAAAAAUAAUUAAGUGUUGUUGCUCUCCGCUUAAGAUUAAUAAUAAUAAUUAGUAAUUAUUGGUUUAAGAAAAAAAUUGUAUAUAUUUGAGAUAUCGUACAUACCGACAUUCUGAAAAAUAAUGUAUUUCGUAAAAUUUUGUGUAACAUUUGCACUAAUCACACACACAUACACGUGCGCGCAUUUUUAUUUUUUUCUUAGUAUUAGUUGCUAGCGUACAUUGAUCAUGAGAAUAUAAAACAAAUUUAAUGUAGUAUAAUUAGCGAAAUAAAAGUGAAAGUGAAGGAAAAAUUCCAACAAUGAACAUAACAGUACGAAAUUUAAAUACAUAUUAAAGUUAUUCAUGCGAUUCUAUAGGCCUAGAAUGAUUUGACAGUCCAAUAUACUUACAAAAAAUUUCAAUUGCAUGAAUUUCGAAUUUAAUUUCGUCGAAUUCAUUCCUCUUAGCAGUGCAUUCCAUACUGCUUUUUUCUUGUCAAAUUGUAAGCAAAAACUUCAGAAAGAAGUUUAAAAAUGUUUGAUCAUUAAAUUUCAAAUGCACCUAGUCUCCUAAAACAUUAUGGUUGUUUGCAAAAUCACUCGCAUUUCGCACUCAUUUUUAUGCCGCCUGUAUUUAUUUAGCAACAACAGAAAUUUAAUAAAAAAAUUUAAUAAAAAUUGUUAGGCGAAAACAAAAAAAAAAUACAAAUAAGUGUAUGCGCAUGCGCAAUGCGAACUAACAAACGGUUGCUAUUUAUUUGACUUUAAAACAAAAAAAAAACAAAAAAAAAAACCUUAAUAUUUAAAUAACUUCAAAAAAUUAUUUAUAAAGAGAAAAUAUUUAUUUAAUAAACUUAAAAAAAUAUAUAAUUUUUAAAAUACCUACAUAUAUAAAAAAGCACGCAUACAUAUAUAUUUUGUAACACAUUUUUACACAAAAACAAUUAUUUUUGCACAAAUUUUUCGUUUUCUAACUCUCAAAAGGUGUUAAAUCUUGUAAUUAAUUAAUUUAAAUAGUUUAAUAUAUAUAUUUUUUUAUUUAAAUUAAAAUUGUAUAAGUUUUCCUUAAUAUAUAUAUAUUUUUUUUUUUUUUUUGAAAUAUCUCAAACUUACACACAUUUGACAUGCAAUUUUCCCAAAUUUUAUAAAAUAAGUUUAUACUUCAUUUCUUCCUUUAUCUCCGCUUUUACCUAUGUUAUUAUGUUCACACCUAAACCAAAGAUACGAAAUGUUCGUUAAUAUUACUCUUUUUUUUUUUACUUUGUAUGCUUACGCAUACAAACAUAUAUUAUUAUUUAAGCUAUAAUAUUUUUUUUUACAGAAUUUUAUUUGCAUUUGCCUUUUUUAUAUAUUACUAAUUUUUUAUAUGUAUAUCUAGGUUUUACUGUACAAAACCUCUUGCAACUAAAGCUGUAAUAUUGAACGCAUAAAUGCUAUUUUUAAAAAUACUUCAUCAAAAAAUGUCACUCCACACAUUUUAACGCACUCAUCAUGUAUUAACAAGUCAAAA